CGCCACAAGGGCUAUGGUUGUCACUCAGCUCCCAACAUGGAGGAGAGCUCCACGCUUUCAUUUUCUCCAACUGCCUGCCUUGCCUACCUACUACUCGGCCAAAGCUCUAAUUCCUAGUCUUCUGCAACGAAUUAUCACAACCUGUCCGGCUUUGCUUUCGCAGAAGAACAGGCAUUUGUUCCGAACGAGACGCCACUUUUGGAGAACCGAGUACUCUCUUAUACGAAAUUGGAGGUUAAAGACUCCGUUAGACCUAUCAAGCUCAACUCCAGCUACGGGACUCUCCAUGAUGCGAAUACGACUCCCAGUUGCAGGCGUCUUCCUGCUCCUCCUCCUCAUUGCCGCCUACGCUGGACUGACUUCAAUACAACUUGGUCAAUAUGUCAACGACAAGGUGUUGCACUUCACCACCUUCUUUGCGCUUACCGUUGUGUUUUACUGGGUUGUCGAUACGAACCGAAGACGUGUUAUGAAUAUGACUUUGGUCGUUUGCACAAUCGUUCUUGGUGUUGGUUCCGAAUUCGUCCAAAGCUUCCUCGAUAACGGUCGGGAGUUUGAUCUGUACGACAUCAUUGCAAAUGUGAUAGGAAGCUUAUUAGGUGUUGGCCUUUGCUCGUGGUACCACAAGCGUAUGCUUGAGCGCAAGCGACGUAGACGUUACAGUGCUGUUCCUGGCGAAGAGCAGGGCGAUGUUGAGCUCGGCGAAGGCCACGAGUCCGGCGUUAUGGAAGGCAACAGCCGCUCUCAGACAUUGGAAGAAGAGGUGGACAACUGGGACGAGAACGAGAUCGAUGAUGACUGGGACGAGGACGAAACACACGAGACUUCAACCAACACCAAGGCGUUGGAAACCAACGCGGACAAUGGUGAUUUGGGAGAUACAAAGAAGCGAAUGGACUAACACGACCGAUAAGCUUAGCUAUGGUCAUGUAGAUGCUAUGCCACGACUUAUGACUGGAUGGCCCCGCACGAUUUAUGUUCAACUUGAUUACAUUGUGUUUGGUGGCUUGGUGACUUCUUGGUAUCAAAUGAGCCAAACAAGAAUAUCCAUUGUUUUCCCAUGUUGGAAAUGAUAUCGAUGCUGAACUGACCUAGGAAUUAUUUUCGCCUUGACGCGUCUCAUUCUGAUAUGGCUAAAUUAUACGUCUCAUGGAUAAUGCAGACUUUGGGAAAAAGUCAACUUCCAGCUAUAAUAGCAACUGCAUGGGGUGUGACUAGCCCACGAUGGAAGUGUUGCUUAUAAACUUUGAUUUGUGUUCCUUUCCUCUAUCCUGUGGCGCCAUUUCAUGGGGUUGUUUGGAAGAAAUGCAGCUGACGAAGAAACAGCGACAUAAUUAUGGUCGUUGAGGGGACCAUGCUUAUAAGAAAGUGCGGAUUCCCAAUCUCUGAUGUACAGCAAUUCAGUUUCUUGACUGACUUUGGUUGGCCCUUUGGAGUCAGGAUCAGGAUCUCCCUCAGAAGUAGAUGGGGUUACCACCGCUGCUGAUAUUUCGGACAUGGGCUCUUCGCCAGCAUCAGACGAGGCUACUAGUUCCGCUAAUGUUGUGGCCACAAGACUAUCAUCGGGAGAAAAGAAGUCUACUAAAUGCGGUGACGCUUUGAGCUUGUAUGAAAUCCGAUCUCUUUCCGGGUCCUGACGGGCGGAACCUGAAGCUGACGCUGACUUCUGGGGAAGAGGAAGACCAUUCCCAACUGCUCCAUGCUGGGCAGGAAGACGGCGAGGACGAUGCGCUAGAUAUGCAGGCUCAGGGCGCGUUCUGCUAUGCCACUGCCGUCCGUUGUUAUAGGCCGUGGGCACUUGCGGUAUCUGGUAUCGUUCUUUGGUAAGGCAGUCUGCUAUUGUUUUGGAAUCCUCGGGGCUGUCCAUCUCCUGAUAGGUAAGUCCCAAAUCUAUUGGAAGUUAGCAACGCCAGUUUGAACGGAUACUGUGAGUGUUUGAUCUAGGUUACAAGCCUUCGCCAUAAGAUGAUGUGCUCGGUCCCGGGUUUUCCUGUUGAGGAAGCAUAGCGAUCACACGUGCAGAGCCUCGAAGACGAGCUGUUAUGCGAAGACACCCUAGGGCCAAUGGAAUACAAUAGGGGCAACUGUUCAGAGGAUUUGGCAGAUAAACUUGAGAGAAAUGGUCUCGAUCAAUGAGAAAACAGGGUAUUAUAAGUUGAGAGACUUCAGAGGAGGGUUUCGAUGUCACUUUAUAUUUAACAAUAAGACUAAAGUAUAAGCUAAGUUUCAGGAAUGCAAGGUCAAACGGCGAUAGCUAUCUUUGAUAGGUAGCUAUUUUGUCAGUCUCAGGAUAACUGCAAAGCUUUUUGUGAACAAGCUUUGUGAUAAUCACUUGAGGCAAAAGUUAGGACCUUUACGCUUCGGCCAG